AUGGCACCACCUGUGAAGUACUGUAUCCCUAGUGAACGCCUGUGUAACUUGGAGGAAGGCAGCCCCAGGAGCAGCACCUACACCCAGCAUGGCUACAUCUUUUCGUCACUGGCGGGCUGCCUGACAAAGACCAGUGAGAAUGGCGUGCUUCCUGUGGUGUCUGUGAUGAGAGAAACAGAGUCCCAGCUACUUCGAGAUGUAGGAGCUGUUAUCACCUGUAAGGUCUUUAGCAUCAACUCACAUUUUGCCAAAGUACACAUCUUGUAUGUGGGUUCCACACCACUAAAAAAUGCUUUUCGAGGAACUAUCCGCAAGGAAGGUAUCCGAGCAACUGAAAAAGACAAGCCCACAGUGAAUCGGGUGUCCAGAUGGUUCCCAUCAGCUGGUGUGAGAUGCAGUGACCCAAGACACACACAAAAGAAUUCCGGAAAGUGGCCAGGGUAUAGCCUGAGUUCUUACAAACCUAAAUACACUUCCCCUCAAAGACGGAGCCACCUUUUUCCAAGAGUACCAGUAUGA